CCCGCGAGGCAUGGAAGUCUUGGGGGGAAGGAAGGACGGAGGUCGCCGUCCAGCUGUCUCUCCCACCUCUAAACGCCGUCUAAGCUGUUGGAGGUGGUGGCAUGGGCCCCUCCAAGUCUGUCUGGACUCUUUGAGUGUAACUCUAAAAGUAGUAGGGAGACACAGCCGUGUUGACCGGGAAAUGUCAGUGUCACUCACAAAGAUGACAGCUGGGAACCGCCCCGCAAAAACAUGGCUGCGCAACAACUACACUUGACGCCCCGCAAAAGCAUGGCGGCCGCGGCGGGGCGGUGGGACGGUCGUUGGCGCGCAUGCUCCGGGUGCCCCGCACUGACAUGGCCGCCGCCCCGGUCAGCGCGGUCGCCGCGAGCCGGCCGUUGGUGGGCAUGCUCCCUGAGUGCCCCGCACCGGCAUGGCCGCCGUCUGCUCUGGGGAGACUUUAAUUCUCGGUUUUCGGUUAUAGCCGGCCGGUGCUCAUUUUCCUUCGGAAAGCGCGGAGCCUGUGGUGUGGCCGGGGAAGACCCGGCGGGUGUGGGGGCGAGUAGUGAGAGGGGACUGCAGGCAUCCGGGCCGGCUCCUGGCGGGAGCAAGAUGGCUGAGGGUGAGCGGCAGCCGCCGCCAGAGUCUUUGGAGGAAAUCCCUCCAGCCACUCAGAAUUUCAUCAUUCCAAAAAAGGAGAUCCAUACAGUUCCAGACAUGGGCAAAUGGAAGCGUUCUCAGGCAUACGCUGACUACAUUGGAUUCAUCCUCACCCUCAACGAAGGCGUGAAGGGGAAGAAGCUGACCUUCGAGUACAAAGUCUCUGAGGCCAUUGAGAAACUGGUUGCCCUUCUCAACACUCUGGACAGGUGGAUUGAUGAGACUCCUCCAGUGGACCAGCCCUCUCGAUUUGGGAAUAAAGCCUACAGGACCUGGUAUGGCAAACUGGAUGAGGAAGCAGAGAAUUUGGUGGCCACGGUGGUUCCCACCCAUCUGGCAGCUGCUGUGCCUGAGGUGGCUGUUUACCUAAAGGAGUCAGUGGGGAACUCCACGCGCAUUGACUAUGGCACAGGGCAUGAGGCUGCCUUUGCCGCUUUCCUCUGCUGUCUCUGCAAGAUUGGGGUGCUCCGGGUGGACGACCAAAUAGCUAUUGUCUUCAAAGUGUUCAAUCGGUACCUUGAGGUUAUGCGGAAACUGCAGAAAACAUACAGGAUGGAGCCGGCUGGCAGCCAGGGAGUGUGGGGCUUGGAUGACUUCCAGUUUCUACCCUUCAUCUGGGGCAGCUCGCAGCUGAUAGACCAUCCAUACCUGGAGCCCAGGCACUUUGUGGAUGAGAAGGCGGUGAAUGAGAACCAUGAGGACUACAUGUUCCUGGAGUGUAUCCUGUUCAUCACUGAGAUGAAGACUGGCCCAUUUGCAGAGCACUCUAACCAGCUGUGGAACAUCAGUGCUGUCCCCUCCUGGUCCAAAGUGAAUCAGGGCCUCAUCCGCAUGUAUAAGGCUGAGUGCCUGGAGAAGUUCCCUGUGAUCCAGCACUUCAAGUUCGGGAGUCUGCUGCCCAUCCAUCCCGUCACGUCUGGCUAGGAGGGGCCACACCAUGGAGCCUGAGCCACCUAGUUCUUGGGCUCGCCUUCCCCACCCCAGCUAUGGUCCCCUCCCUGCCCCCUUCCUCGUUGUUUCUGUUUGAUUAGAGGCUGUUUACUGGGUGGGGUGGUAAGCGCAGGGUGUGGGGGCCUCAGAGCAUAAGGCUGAAGGACCCAAGUUGUGAGACGUGAUCAAAGUGUGGCGAGUUUCCUAACCUGCCCUGUGGUAGAUGGGCACAAAGAGAGGGACUGGGCCCCAGUCUUGGGCCACCCUCUCCUGUCCUGGCCUCCUAUCCUCCCUUCCCUCCUGAUGAGUCUCAUUUUGAGGCCAGGGCUGUUCUAUGAACCAGCAGGGAGAGCAGGGUCUGCUGCUGUUUCCUUGCUUUCCCUUCCACAGUGAUGCCUCCGAUGCCUCCAGGGUUAGAGCAGUUGUUCCUUACAGGGUGGGUCCCAAGCCAUGCUGAGUGGGUGUCUGUGUGCUGCAGAGCUGGAGGCUGAGGCUGACAGCCAGCAUUGGGUGGGGUGGGGCGGGGUGGCGGUCUCAGCUGUCCGAGGCUGGUGCUGUUCCCAGGCUCCUUUUUCUGUUGCCCCCCUAGGUCUUAAGACCCCUAUUAGCCAGAGCAGCUUCAUCUUUGUUUUUUUGCUCUCUGGCCAUUGGUUUUGUUGGGUUUCUUGGCUGUAGCCACAUGUCUUCCCUUUCCUACCCUCAACCCAAGAGUAGCCCAGCUAUGGAAGCUGCCCUUUUGGAUAGGCACUGGGCUCCUGGCAGGCCCUGGCUGAUUGAGUGAGGCCUGUCUUUCCAGAACUUCCCUGGCAGAGGAGAGGUGGCAGAAACUUCUGCUCCCUCCUAACAGGCUGGUCAGGUGGUGGGUGGGUGGGUGGGUGGGCCCAGAGGCAGCAACCUUGCUCCCUUAUUCGCCUCUUCCCAAACCUGCCCUUUGCCUGUUUGGGAUGAGGUAAGUGAUAGCCCCCAAGCUGAGGCAUUGGCUCUAAGGAUGGUUUGGGCCAGGCAAGGGCUGGGUAGGCCCAAUGGGGGACAAGGGGACCUGGCAACAGCAUGCCAGUUCCUGAGGUUAAGGGGUCCCCCUGCCCAGGCCUGCCCUUUUCCACCACCCUGUCUAAAUCUGGGUACACACACCCUUUGGAAAGGGGGAGCACUGAGAAGCACAACACAGGGGCUUGACCCAGGAUUUUGCUGGUGGUCUGCAAAGGCUGGGACAGGAGCUACAAGAGUCACAGACGUUUCCUAGGGGAGGCCAGUGCCUGCUUUCCUCCCAGGACUGGGCCAUUGCCUUCCUGGCUCCUCCCAUGCACUCGGCCCCUUGCGCCUUCAUUGCUGUUUGGAUUAAAGCCUCUCUUUUGCACCUGUCA